CUCCUCCGAUCACACUACAGUACGAUCACGCACACAGCUUGUUUUCUCCUGCCGUAUCACACGACUGCCCCACACCAGCAUCCAUCGUCCAUCCACGCAUACCACCACACAUAUAAACUCAAAUUUUACGAUGGCGACACCCACGUAUGACCACGCAACCCUGGGCAUCACGGACCCGACGUAUCAGAUCCCGCCUGGGUACCUGGGCAACCUGACGCCAGCGCAGGAGAGCGCGUUUGCGCAGGCGAAGAAGGAGCUGCAAGAGGAGGGCUGGCUCGUGGAGGGCCCCAUACGUAUGACGGACUCCGAGUUGUGUCGAUUCCUCCGUGCGCGUCAGUUUAACGUCGCGAAGACGAAGGAGAUGUUCAUCUCGUGCGAGAAGUGGCGGAAGGAGUUCGGCGUCGACGACCUCGUAGCCAACUUCGAAUACCCAGAGCUGGCGGAGGUGGACAAGUACUACCCGCAGUACUACCACAAGACCGAUAUCGAUGGGCGGCCUGUAUAUAUCGAGCGUCUCGGCCUGAUCGAUCUCACCGCCAUCUACAAAGUCACAACGCAGGAGCGCCAGCUGCAGCACCUCGUCACGGAGUACGAGAAGUCGAUCAACCAGCGCCUUCCCGCGUGCUCCGCCGCGGCGGGCCACCCAGUGCAGAACUUCUGCACGAUCCUCGACCUCAAGGACGCGUCGCUGUCCAACUUCUACCGCGUCAAGGACUACUUCUACAUCAUCAAUGCGCCGUGGCUUUUCUCGGGCGUCUGGAGCGUCAUCAAGCCGUGGUUGGACGAGGUGACCGUGUCGAAGAUCGAGAUCCUCGGGUCAACAUACCAGGACAAGCUUUUGGAGCAGAUUCCGGCGGAGAAUCUGCCCGCCAUGUUUGGUGGGAAGUGUUCGUGCCCUGGGGGGUGCUCGUUGGCGGAUGCUGGUCCGUGGUCGGAAGCAGGGAAGACAGCACAGCCUGAAGAAGUGACGGGGGCAGUGCCGGGAGCAGCGCCGGGGGUAGUGACUGAGCCAGUGGUGGAGACCGAGGCUGCUGGUGAGACAUUUACUAUCCCUUCGCCUACUCCGAUCUUCACACCUAUGCCGCCACCUCCUCCAAAGUCGUCGCGUCCGACGCGUCAACCUGCCGACGAGAAUCUACCGCCGUCACAACAACACGCAGCGCUGCAAAUGGUGCGCGCCAACAAGAUGGAGCGCGUCGUGCGGGAGGCUGGGCCACUCCCGUUCCAUCGCCUGCAAGCUCCUGAUACUCUCGGAAAGACGCCGAAAGCCCCCGCUCAGCUACCCAGCAACGCCGAUCCCACCGCGCGCACGGCGUUCCAGGAGAACCUCAUGCGGCGUGUGAUGCGCCGGGCGAGUCCGUUCACGCAUGGACAAGGGCACGGCACGCGUCGCCCGCCUCUCGUCGCGACCCAGUCUGCACCCGCUAUCCACGUACGCCCGAUCGCCAAGCAUGCAGCGGCUCUCUCUGUUCUCAUGCCCGUCCUUGACCUCCCCAUCCACACCCAUGCCCACACUCCACUAGCACUCACCCGCACGCGCAGCCACACGAUGAUAACGACGGCGACGACGGCGUACCUUCUGCCUCCGGGCCCGCUCACGCCCAGCGAGGGCGCGGCGAUCCUGCGCUCGCCGGUGAUCCCUGAGCGCGCGCCGCGGUUUGUGGUGAGCGACGAGCGACUGACGCCGAGUGCCGAGAUCCACCGCGUGUCGCACGUCAUUGGGCGGGAGAAUAUGUGUCUGCCGCGUCGCGACUCGUACCACGUCGUGCGCGAGGUCGGGCCAGACACUCCUGAUGAGCGCAUUCUGCGCACGUUCCGGAGGAAGAGCUACGCAGAUGGGUCGGCCCAGUUUCAUUGCGAUGACGCGCCGUUGUAUUGA